CUCCCUCUUCGUCCACUUCUUCCUUCCAUCCUCCAGACCUUCAAGCCUUUACCUUAUCGCAACUGCUUUGCCCAACUUCAUCUUCCAUUUCUACCUUCUCUCCUUCCUCUGAUUCACCUACUACCUCCUUUGUCAAGUUAUCUGUUGUUGCGUUGCGCCUUAUCGUACACUCGUAGCAACCAUCGGAUAGACAUCUCUAAGCUUACAAUCUAUCAUCAUGCGCUCUGCUCUAUUCGGCCUGGCCACUGUGGCUUUGGCCAGCUCUGCUUUUGCGAAACCCAUCAGUGAUGAGGAUGACAGCCUUUAUGCUCCUUUGUACACACCAACUCCGCCACCCAUGGACGGCCCUCUUUCUCAACUCGCCAUCCAAUCCGGUCGUUCUCCCGCCGAUUAUCUUAUCAAGGAUAGCUACAUCGUUGUUUUGAAGAAAGGACUUCAUGACAGGCGUGUCCGCAAGCACAAGCGUGUUGUUCAGAAGUUGUGGUUUCAGGACCAUCAAAUGCGCCUCCAGGCUGAAUCUUUGGGUUUGGGUGACCUUUUCAAAGGCAUCAAGCACCACUUUGAUUUGAGCGAGCAUUUCAAAGGUUAUUCUAUCCACGUUCCAGAAGCGUUGAUCAAGUUGAUCCGUGCCUUACCCGAAGUCGAAUAUGUCGAACGCGACUCGAAAGUUUGGAUCAAUGACCCAUACUUCACUUCUACGACUGUUCCUGUCGUUGAGGGAGACUCCGUCUCAGCCUCGUCAAUCGAUAUCGAGCGAGGUGCCCCAUGGGGUCUUGCCCGAAUUUCUCACCGUGACAAACUUAGAUUCGGCACCUUUAAUGUUUAUCCUUACGAACACGCUGCUGGAGCGGGUGUCGAUGUGUAUGUGAUCGACACAGGUGUGAACAUCAAUCACGUCGAAUUGCAAGGAAGGGCCACGUGGGGAAAAACCAUCCCUGACGAUGAAGACAUUGAUGCCAAUGGUCACGGAUCGCACUGUGCAGGUACCAUUGCUUCCCGCCGAUACGGAGUUGCCAAGAACGCCGCAAUCGUUGCCGUUAAGGUGUUAGGUUCCAAUGGUUCUGGUACCAUGUCCGACGUCGUUGCUGGUGUUAUCUGGGCCGCCGAGACAGCUGCAACAAAGGCACGCACGGAGGCUACCAAGAAGGACUCGAAGCACAAGGGCAGCGUUGCCAACAUGUCCCUUGGUGGUGGCAAAUCUCCAUCCCUUGACCAAGCAGUUGACGCCGCUGUCACAUCCGGACUUCACUUCGCUGUUGCUGCAGGCAAUGAUAACCGUGAUGCUUGCAACUACUCUCCCGCCGCCGCCCCGAAAGCCAUCACUGUGGGAGCUUCAACCAUCUCAGAUGAACGUGCUUAUUUCAGCAACCACGGUAAAUGUGUCGACAUCUUCGCCCCUGGCCUGAACAUCAAAUCUAUCUGGAACAGCGGACCCGAAAGUGUCAACACAAUUUCCGGAACUUCAAUGGCCAGCCCCCAUAUCGCCGGAUUAGCCGCUUACUACCUUUCUCAAGGCCUCAAUUUGGGCGAAUUAGGGCUUUUGGAAGAAGACGAUGAUGAAUUCUCACCUGCCGGCUUGGCUCACGACCUCAACCAAUACCUGUCUUGGGGUUCAGUCAGCAGCCAGGGUCAAUUGGCUUUCGGCAAAUUGCGUGAGGCGAUCGGCUUUGGCGCUGCUCGUCCUCACCCUACAGGUCACAAGCCUCUUUCCACCAAGAUUCUCAAGAAAGCCAUGAUCAUGCUCUCUACUGAAGGUGCACUUGCCGACUUGCCCGGUGGAACUGUCAACUAUUUGGCAUACACUAAUGUUACUCUCGCGUGAACAGAUGCUUCCCUGAGUAUCUUGUCUCAGUAAACGGGGAAUGAAUCCCAUGGUGUAGUCGUUUAGUGUUCUGCCUCUCGUAUAUCAGUAGCGGCAUUCUUCCUUACCCUCGUCGUUUUCAUCUUAACUGUACUUCUUGAUCUGUCGCCUGUCCUGUUGUUACUCUACAUUUUCCUUUUAUCAACUAUGGAAUAAACUCCAUCGAAGCACAUUUGUCCUAUCCC